AUGAGUGGCGUUGCUACCAGCAAACUUGCAGUUGCAGUGACCUUGAGCGGAGGCCUAGGACAGAUUGGAUUUACAGGCAGCCCCCUCGGACUGAGAGCUGAGCUGGAGAGUGCUCAAGCUCAGCUGAAAGAUUUCAUGGCCACCAAUCAGAAUUUAGGUGUGCUUCCGGUGGGAGUUGGUAUCAUCGUCAUCGGUAGCACACCGGAACGCUGGCUACCAAUCUUUGCAAAGUUUAAGCCUGCAGUGGUUUGGCUGUCAUUCGGGAGUGCGCAACAGAUGCAAGCCUGGACGGAAGGAAUUCGAGAAGUAGCCUCAUCUUCCAAGGUGUGGAUACAGGUCGGAAGUGUCAAUUCUGCUAUAAAAGCGGCUCAGAUCUGUCAGCCAGAUGCAUUGGUAAUGCAAGGAAGCGAUGCGGGCGGUCAUGGCCAUGCAAAAGGGGCAAGCGUGAUGACGCUGGUUCCAGAAGUGGUAGAUGCCCUCAAAGACCAUGGGCUCUCUCACAUCCCGGUCCUUGCAGCUGGCGGCAUCAUGGACGGAAGAGGAGUAGCGGCAGUUAUAGCUCUUGGAGCUGAGGGCGCAGUUCUAGGCACUAGAUUCAUUGGAGCAGAGGAAGCUGCCAUGGAUUCGGAUGUCCGCGAGGAAAUCCUCGCAGCAUCCGACGGCGGAGAGUCGACGGUGAGGUCUCGGGUGUUUGAUGAUAUUUGGGGCACAAAUCCCUGGCCACAGCUAUACGACGGCCGAUGCUUGAGAGGCGCGAUUUACAAUAAUCGGGAGAAUGGGAUGGAUAUUGAGUCGGUACGGACACAACUCUACCGCGAUACUGAGCGAUCCCAGGUAGAGGAGGUUAGCAUGAGAGACGUCGCUUGUAUCUGGACAGGGGCAGGAGUGGGAUUGCUCAAAAAAUUGGAACCUGCCGCUGACAUUGUCAACCAGCUUCCGGAGGAGGCGGACUAG